GUACCUAGCCCCCACCAACGCCAGUGGACACAUACCUGUUCGGGAGUGGAUCACGUGAAACCGACGAAGAGGUUGCUUUGAAGGGGCGCGCGCUGUGGAUACCACCACGAUUUACUUCUUUUGCUUCGGAUAACAUGCAAACUUCAGCAGAGACGGAUCGUAAGGCACUUGCCGCCCUUUCUCAGUGGACCGGCAGCCGUUGGAGGGCAGGCGCACACUGGGACACAGACUAUCAUAUUGGGUCGUGGUAUGGGGUUCAAGCAAAUGAUGAGCGCCGCGUUGAGCGGCUGGAGCUAGGAAGCAACAACCUCCGAGGUUUUAUCCCGCCCAGGCUAGGAACGCUUAGUGUCCUGACAGUACUCAUCCUCUCGAACAACCAGCUGAUGGGCCCUAUUCCCCCGGAGCUCGGAAAUCUUGGUGCCCUGACAAUCCUCUCCAUGUGGAACAAUCAGCUGGACGGUGUAAUUCCUGGUGCUCUCGGCUCGCUGAACAAUCUGACGUGGCUCGACCUCUCCAACAAUGAGCUUUGCGGGCCUAUUCCACCGCAGCUGGGCAACCUGUGGUCUCUGGAGCACCUGAAUCUUUCUUCGAACCCGCUGAGCGGAGGCGAGAUCCCGAAGCGGCUGGCGGAGCACCCGCGCUUCAAGAAGUUCAUAGUAGGACGCGCUAUGGACGGACCCCCGCUUCCUCAUGUCAAUGACGCUGGCCACGCAGUCAAGAUUUUGAUCGUUCCUGUUGCCCUUGGGUACCUAGACUUGGCUUCAGAUCUCUACACUGCGGUUUCCUACUACAAUUCAGGCCACUUAUUUUGGUUUGUGCUUGUGGUUGCUUUCGCCCUCGGUCCGGCAGUGAUCGUGUCCGCUUUCUUUCUCCCCGAAUUCACUUGCGGUCGUCGGUUCUUGGUAGCGACUCAGUUGAGCUUGCUGCUAGAAGCCGUAUUUUCUGCGGCGUCGCGUACGUACUCCCCUGUCUUAGCCCUUGUGCGCGUCAUCGAGCCACUGUUCGAGUCAGUACCCCAGCUGCUGCUCCAGUUGUACGCGAUGCUGCUGCUUUGGAGCGAGACAUCAUUGUCGAACAGCGACUUGAAUGGGCGCGUGAUUUCCGUGUGCAUCUCGACGGUAAGCCUGGCGUAUGCGGCUACCGACGUUUCCAGUGUCGAGAGACUGCUGAACACCCGUCUUUCUGGGGAAGGUGGCACAGAGAGGUUCAGAAUGUGCCCAGAUUGUCCUUCUGUAACGGCACUAGUGUUUAGUCGGGUGCCGGAGAAAGGCGUUUCGAGACUAGCGGGGAGGAUGGGUUGGGUGCACCCGCGUACUCAUGUGUGGUUCUGCUUCUUGUACCAUGUCCUAGAGAUCGUUAGUCGCUUUGUGCCCCUGACAAUGAUCGCACUAGUGUUACGGAAGUGGUUUUUCCUGGUGCUACCCUACCUCUGGAUCAGCCGGUGUCUCGUGGUUUGGGCUGCGGCCUAUUCGGGAGAAGCUACGAUGGGCUUUAGGUUUCGGGUGAGAAUCGUGGCCAUGCCGUUCAUUGACUCCAUCCUGGACGGGACGCGUGCGUUCGGAGCAGGACUCGUGCUGACCCUCGUGGAGUUCGUUGCUUGCAUCGUGACAUACCACCUGUUCAGCAGCGACCACUUGCCGCCGCACGCGCGAUGGACGCUCACCAUCAUAUCUAUCUGCUGUAUGGUGGGUAAGAUGCGCUUGGCCCUGCUCGCCAUAAUCCCGCUCAAGGCGAACGAACGUGGGCUCCAAAGUCAGGGCGCCGCAGCUGCCCAAGGGGCCGAUGAUGUUCCCGGUGGUGGCACCGACAAACAUUCGACAGGAACGACGGCGAUAAGAUUAGACGGGCGUGAGGUCGACGUUGAUGAGCUCGAAACGGCGGAGUGCGGAACCCCGGCUUGCUCAGAGGAGACGCCAAGCCAACCCAUCACGUCCGCCAUGACGACUUCAGCUUCGGAGAGAGGAGACGCCAAGGCGGUGGCAUCUCUGCCCGCCAGUAUUACCCCCGCCGCAUCGGCACCAGAAUCUUCAACAGAGCAGCUUCACAGUCAUACCAUGGCGAAAGCACCCAUCGUGAUAGCGGGUGCGGUGGGGGUCGCAUUGGGCGCCGGUGGCGAAGUUCGUGGUGUUAAGCGGCAUCGCGACCAGGAGGGAGUCAGGCCAGAAGCAGGCUCAAGAGCUGCGCUAUCCACCGGCCUAGACAGCGCCCGUAGCUCCUCUGGUGUCGUCAGGCCCUCCCCUGACACCUCCACUUUCCUGGCUUCUCCGUGCGCCACUAGGAGCCAGGGCGGUUUCUUGGCCCAGCAGCAGCAGGAAGAGGGUCAGCAGGACCACCACAACCCGGACGCGGAUGCGAGGAGAUUCCGGCUGGCUGGGGAUGGUGCUCACCCUCUUGCACAUACGGCCGAACACCUACCCCCAGAGGAUGCUGUCUUGGCGCGCCAGGCGGCGGCCUAUCCUUCCGCGAGCUCGAUGUUACCCGCUGCACCAGUGAUAGACAACUCUUUCGGAACCGUGCAGCUCUGGCACGGUUUCGUUCAACCAUUUUUCGCUACCGCGGCGGCGAUAGGAGGCCCACAACCUCCGAGCAACAUGUCUGCGACUCACCAAGCCUGGCACGCUGCGGGCGUUAUGGGCAUGCCGUCAUAUCCGGAGGGCAUGCUUCCGCUUGGGGUGGGCGAUGGGACCGGCGUCUUCCAGCACAUGGGAUUCACGGGCGAAGGCUGGCCGGGAUACCCGCUGGCACCGCAGUAUGCCUCUCACGGGGCGAUACACGGGUAUACGUUACCAGAUUGGGCUCCUCCGCGGUACAGGGCGGCGGAUAUGGAUUCCUACGCAACAGGCCAGCCGUGGCUUUCCAGAAUGCAACCCCACGCUACCGCGCCAGCCGCGUCGAUUGGCGAGCAAUUGGCCUGGAGGAGGGCGUAUCACGAGGAAUUGGCGUUGAGGGAGGACGACGGUUGGUGGGAUGAGAAAGAUCUAACUGGUGUGACGACAACGGCAGCAGCAGACGGGGCGGGUGUGGUUCGUGAGUGGCAGGAGACGUGGCAAUCGUAAUUUGGUGUCAAAGUUCCCG